AUGCCCACGGAUAAUGAUCCCCCUGAUGGGGGAUCAACUGAUAUGGACAUCUCCUCCAUAGGAGGAGGCAGCAACAAUGGAGUAGACAGCCGUCAAGGACUUAUCCUGAAUACAAGCAUCUCAACCGACACUACGCCAGAUAAGGCAUUAAUGAGUCCGCCCGUAGCUCAAUCCCUCGAUAUAAACCCUUCACAAGACAAAAUAAGCCACCUGCUCCUUGGUGGGAUCGAGAAUGCGAUGAAGAAAUUAAUAAACGAAAAAAAUGCCCUUGCACAGUACAAGCAGAUAUCCAGCGAAGCCAACUUCAUUGCUUGUAAGAGAGCAAUAGCACACACAAAAAGGCUACUAAAAAGGAAAGCAAAAAACGCAUUGGAAAAAAUUCUGUUGCAACUUAAAUAA